AUUCAGCUUCUCGACCUCCAGCUUCUCGUUGUGUCGCGGAGGUCGCCGCCAGCACGGCUUUGGUCCGCUUGGCACUGGGCGGGAGGCAGCUUGGUGGCCACAUGAACACGUGUCAUCACGCCCGCGGUGGCUGGGGUCGGGGACGCGACUUUUCAGGUCGUCCCCCAGCCCAGAAGAAGGGCGGAAACCAAGUCCCGGAAAGGUGGAAAGACUAUUUACCAGUUGGAUGUCGGAUGCCUGGGACUCGUUUUAUUGCUUUCAAAGUACCUUUGCAAAAGAAGUUUGAAGUGAAUCUUGCUCCAGAAGAAUACUUUUCCCCUUUGGAUCUGUUUAACAAAAUCCAGGAACAAAAUGAAGAGCUUGGCUUGAUUAUUGAUUUAACAUAUACUCGGCGAUAUUAUAAACCAGAGGAUUUGCCAGAAUCUGUUUCAUAUUUUAAAAUCUUUACAGUUGGGCAUCAGAUACCUGAUGAUAACACUAUUUUUAAAUUUAAAUGUGCUGUUAAUGGUUUUUUGAAAGAAAAUAAAGACAAUGGCAAACUUGUUGGUGUCCACUGCACCCAUGGCUUAAACAGAACUGGCUAUCUGAUCUGCAGAUAUUUGAUUGAUGUAGAAGGCAUGAGGCCAGAUGAUGCAAUUGAAUUAUUCAAUAGGUGCAGAGGACAUUGCAUAGAAAGACAAAACUACAUUGAAGAUCUUCAAAAUGGGCCUAUCAGGAAGAAUUGGAAUUCUGGUGCAUGUAGGUCAGUUGGUGUUGAAGAGUCAGCGCAUAUCAUGGAACCAGUCCACACCAUUAACAAGCCUGUUAACCAAGGACCUAGGUACAACUUUCAUCGGACCCAUGGCUACCCAGCAGCACCUCCAGCACCUCCUCGGCGUUUUCAUGUCCAGACCCCAAAUGUGCAGCAGUCAUUCCGAAAAUUUUCACAAAAUCAAAACAUUUACCAGAAAGUCCGUAUGCCUCCUCCUGGGCCUGCUGGAGAAGAUUGUUCACAACGAAGAUACUUUUGGAAUGUAAAGCCAAAUAGCAGUCAACCAGCCCAGAAUAAGAAGUGGUUUUCCAGCAAUUACCAGAGACUAUCCUGCCCAACCUAUUGGGGAUGGACCGAAUGAUACUAAGCUGUGCUGGCAAUCUACUUGGACACCCGCGCUGGAUGAAGAUGGCUAGAGAGCAGCUUUUAAUAAAACCAGGUCAAAUGAGAUUUCCCUCCC